GCAAACCCACUCUCUUCGGUCGCGAGGCAUAAUUCAUUAGCUUGCAAGCACCAUAUACAUAGCAAAAGCAACAGGCAGCUCUCACUUGCACACCCUGUUUGCGCAACAGUAGUCGACUAUUUCCGCAGCACCUGUCAUUAAAACCAAACCUUUACUUGAUCUGUGAAUCAUGAGCGACGAAGUACUGGAGCAAAUUAGCGAGGCGGAACUCGAUGACGAGACGGGUUCCCAAACCGGGACGGUGUUCCUCUUAAAGUUCUUGGCGGAGACUUGGGGCGAGAGCGGCAAAGCGGUGGUGCAACAGUUCCUGGUGUUCUAUGCGCUUAUGCUAGUGGGCUUCCUUUUCCUAUACCUGAUGAUGCGGUCCACGACACAGCUUCGAGAGAUCCGAAAAAACAUCGCGGAGACGCUCAGAGAGCAACGGAACCGCAAAUUUGAUGAGGAGGCAUACCGGAACCUUCCAGGCGGCGGAUACUUCUGAGGGCCCUUGCGCGGCAGCAGGACGUUGCGGCACAGGUUCAGCAUUUGCAGGCUGCGCUGAAUGACAAUACAUGUGCAGGCGCGUAGCAAGACGUAGACAUGGCAAGAGGGGUGGGCUAGGAUUAUCGGCGCGAGGUGCCAGUGGAUCUGUGGAGCGGAGCACAAGCCAGGCAUGGAAGGGACGUGAUAUUAUGGUGUAGAUGAUGGGAAGGAAGAAGCAGGCAAGCGUCCAGGGCGCGACCCUGCUUGACCGUGGAGACGGAUCGUUUUUAAUUGCGCCCGUCAUGUUCCGGGAGCAUUUAGCAGGAGUGGGUGUAAGGAUGAGCGUUAAAUGAUGCCGGACAAUCCGCAUGGAUGGGGACGAGCGCAUAGGGACGAUAUCCAACGUUGGGUAAGGCCGACCUAGUUUUUGCACUUAACAAAGGGCCGAGUCAGUGGCAAUGAUGAGUGAGACUGCAUGUAGUUGCUCAUGGCCUGGGCGCAGAGACAGAUGCGGUGUCAUGGCAUGCGCACCGGCAUUUGAUGUGAAGUUGAUUACGAUGUGACCAAGGAAUGGGAAUGCGUGGCCACGGUUGCCUGCCUACAUAACAAUUGAGCGAUGCCAGGAUUGUACCCCAUGCUCAAAAUGAAUUGAGCUUUUGGAGGGCAUUACGCACGUUCUCCAAUUUUGUCGGGGUUGGUCUGGUGAGGGCGUGGGGUCUGGCACUUACUUCUUUACCCCCCCCCCCGCUGCUGAUACCACCCACAACCCACUGGCCAUGGCUAGCCCAGGGGGCCAGGCAGCCAGGACACGCUCACAAUCCAACUAAGCGCUGGAAAUUACCAUACUAUGAUACGGCAUGCUGCAGUCUGCAGACCCAA